AUGGCAUCUAGUGGCAUCUUCCACAUUAAUUUUAUUUUCAUAGAAGGAAAUUUGCCCUUAAAAACCAAUGAUAAAGUCUCAAUCAAUGUGACCAAUGAAACAUUGUUGGUUCCUAGCAACAUUUUAUGCAAGUGUGACGAAAGAACAAUCUUAAAAAAGGGAAACAAUAACCCUUUAUAUGGCUACUUUUCAUCCUUGCCUAUUUUUCAUCCAAUAUUGAAAGAAAUUUUGCCUCAUAUUGGUGAAUGUGCUAGGCAAAUGUCUUCAUAUGAUUCUUGGGAGAUGGAUGUUAUGCUUUUUGUUGGUGAUGUUACUACAUGGAAUAUUAAAGAUCAUAGUUAUAUGAAUCAAGAAAAUCAUCAACAUGCAUGUUUUGCAUCUAAACUUAUUGUGGAUUUGUUGGAGAAAGCUGAAAUAGAUCAAGAUUCUCGUUAUUCUAUAAAACAAUGCACAUUUUGUUUGGAAUAG